GUGUGUGUAUAUAGAUUUAUGUAUAGUUAGUGCAAUACUAGUGUGCUAUUGUUUGCUGCUACUGUUGCGGCAAUUGCAACUGCCAACAAGAGUCGCCCGCCCGCUACUUGGGUGCCACAUAUUGGGCAACUGCAACUGCAACAGCCAACAGCCAACAGCCAACAGUCAACAAGUAGUCGCCGUUGUUGUGCUCAGCCAGGCAAAGCUGACACAAAACGUUUUCCUUUCUUUUUGUGGUGUGGCAUUAAAUGUAUUUAUUGAAAACAGUUUAAACGAGAAUUGCGCGCGUUUUUUGUCGCGCUCGCGUUUACUUAGCGGUUUAUUUAUUAUUUUACCUUGCCCGUAUCAAUUGGAAAGUCAGCAUUUGUUUACGCUUUAUAAAAAAGGUCAAAAGCAAUAAGACAACAACAGCCGCAGCAGACACGAGCAUCAGAAGCAACAGGCGGCUGCUUGGCAACAUUAUUUCUGGCUGGCAACAUUUGUAAGCGGCGUUAGCAACAUGUUGCCAAGGCUCACAUUCGCUGUGCUCAUCGUCUUUUGUGGAUAUUUACUGUUUACGGAUUGCCGCGAAACAGAACGCUCGAAGCGCACCAAACGCCCGCGCGCUCCGGAACCCGUCAACUUUGAGCCGGAGCCGCAGCAGGAUCUAGAGAAUGAGGAGAGCGGCAGCCAGGAAAAGGAUCUGCCCGAAAUACCCGACAAUUUUUUGAGUCCAUCAGUGCGCGAAUAUCUGGAGUUGGGCAAAUCAAUACCGGGUCGACCCGGCGUAGACUAUCCCAUACUAUCGGCCAUACCCUAUACGAACUUCUACUGCGAUGAACAGGCCUAUCCGGGCUUCUUUGCGGACAUGGAAACUAGAUGCCAAGGCUGGCACUAUUGCGACAUUGAUGGACGUCAGGCCUCGUUUCUGUGCCCCAAUGGCACACAGUUCUCGCAGGCGGUCUUCGUCUGCGAUUGGUGGUUCAAUGUACGCUGCGAUCUCUCGCCCCGGCUCUAUGCGAUCAAUGCACGACUAUAUCAGCGCCCCAAGGUGAACCCAACUCGACCACAUCGCAUCAUCACCAAGCAGCUGGUCGAAGAUAUAUUCACUUAAGCAGCAGCAGCAGCCUGCACAGAUCUUACUUAUAUAGACUUUAAACAUAGUUUGUCAACAACUAUUAGUGCUUAGAUUUCAGUGUUUACGCCACGAACAUGCUUGUGUUGCUAUCAUGAUUUAUAAAUGGUUCUCAAUUAGA